AUGGGUUUCGCCCGGGGGCUGCUGACUGCGGUCUUGGCACGGAGUUGUGCUGGCCUAUUUUUUGAGCUGAAAUCAGAGAGUGCUGGACCACCAGAGUGCUUCAAGGUGACCCCCGGGAAGGGUCACUCCGUGCACGGCAGCUAUGAAGCGGACGGGCCCAGCGAGGGCCUGGUCGUGAAGCUCACCACAGCUUCUGGGAAGGAGCUGUUUCGAAAUGUCAACCCCUCAGGCAAGUUCACAGUGGAGGUCACAGAAGAGGCGCCGCAUAGCUUGUGCUUUUCCAGCUCCGUGGAGGAGAGCCAAAUGGUGAGCUUCAACUUCCAUGUGGAUGAGCACGGGGAUGGCAGUCACCAUGACAAGGACCAGAUGGACUACGUCACCAAGGAGCAUACAGACAAGGUCGAGGAGUUGGUGGCCAAAUUGGAGGCCAAAGCCAGUGACAUCCUGGACCAACAGCAGUACGCCAUGGUGCGAGAGGCUGUUCACAGAGAAACGGCCGAGUCGACCAAUGCCAGAGUGAUGUGGUGGACCUUUGCUGAAGUUGCAGUCCUCAUCAGCUUAGCGUUCUUUCAGGUGUCGUACCUCCGCAACCACUUCGAGCAGAAGCAGGAUGCACGGAGCCUUGUGGCAUUGCAGCAGACUGCCCCAUGCAUGCGCACAGCCCUGCAAUCUGGGCUACUGGAGGUGUUCUGCAGGCUGGUGAAGCAACCCAUCCCAGGACAUAAUCUCAUUGGAGCCAUCUGGAAGCUUAGCAGCCUGGCGCCCAAAGGCCAUGAAAGAGCCUGCAGCGUUCUGUGUGGGCGCCUGACCCACCGCCGCUGCGGCGUGCGCGAAGCCGCAGUGACGGCGUUGGGGCACGUGGCUGGCGCCGCGGGCAGCCGGCUGGUGCCAAGGAUCACCGAGUGCCUCCAUGACUACCAGGGUCGAGUACGGGCCGCUGCAGCACGAACACUGUCCUGCUUGGCACCGCGAAAUGACUUGACAACGAUCCGAUCUCUCAUGAAUCUGCUGGGGGAUGAUUGUCCUGAUGCCUGCCAAGCAGCUGUCACGUGUAUCUCCCAGUUGACUGAGACUGGCAACGCCAUCGUGACGAGGGAGCUUGCCGCCAUGCUGAAUUUGGCCGACACGACCACUCGUUGGGCGGCCUUGGAGACGUUGGCGAGAACCAGUCGGAGAGGAGAUGAAGCUGUGGUUGCCUCUCUGGUGCCCUGCUUGGAAGAUAUGAAUCUGGACAUCCGCUGCGCAGCAGUGGAUGCCUUACGAAGGGUGGCGCUGCACGGCGACCCCGUGGCCGUGCGCGGCGCCGUGGCGCGGCUGGAGCACCGCGACGGCGCGGUGCGCGCGGCGGCGCUGCGGAGCCUGUCCUUUUUGGCGCGGCUCGGGGACGAGGAGGUCAUGGCCAAGGCGAAGGUCUGUUUGGAUGAUGGUGUGUCCAACGUCCGGGCGGCCGCAGUGACCACUCUGGCCGAAUUGGUGCCCUGCAAGGGUGAUGAAGAUGUCGUUGGCCCUGUAGUCAGUCGCCUUGGGGAUUGCGAGGCCAUGGUGCGUAGCGCUGUGCUGGAGAGCCUCUUGAAGGUGGCCCAUGAGGGUGACCUCAUCGCAGUGCCAGCCAUCUUGGAGCUGCUGGAACAUCAGGAUGGUCGCAUUCGAUUGGCGGCCGUGGAAGCCCUUGGGCAAUUGGCUCCAAAGAAUGACGCCUCCAUCAUUUCCACCGUCGCCAGCUUCAUGGAAGAUCGACACACAGGGGUUUGCUGCACCGCCGUGCAGGUCCUGGGCCACCUGGGUGCCGACGACGCAGCUUGCCGCGCGCGGAUCCGCGCGCGGCGGGACGACUUGGUGGCAGCGCAGCCGGUGAGGGCGGCCGCGGCCUUCGUGUUGGGGGAGACUGAGGGGUGCUAA